AUGGACAGAGACAGAGACAUCAGCUCCAGCAACUACGCUUCUUCUUCUUCUUCCGACCAUUUGGAAGAAGACAACAAUAAGAAUAACGUCACUGACGAGAAACUCAUGGUUGCUGUAAGGAUCCGCCCCCUGAGGGAUGCGGAAGGAGACAGAUGUAUUCACUGUGUUGACGAUAAGACCAUCCUAGUAGAAGACGUGGACACCGACAAGGGCGAUAUCUUGCGGCAGAAGCGAGGAAGCGAGAGGAAAUACGUGUUCGAUCUGGCUUUUGGAGAGGACUCAACACAAGAGCAAGUGUACUCCGCCACGACCCGCGGGCUGGUCCGUGACGUCAUCAGUGGUUACAAUGCCACCGUGUUCGCCUACGGAGCCACUGGGGCGGGCAAGACCCACACCAUGGUAGGGAGUGACCAGGAGCCCGGCAUCAUGGUCAGGGCGUUGAACGAUAUCUUCAGGUCCAUCGACAAGCACGGUCAAAACUACACGGUUUCGCUCUCCUAUCUGGAGAUCUACAAUGAGAACAUACGAGACUUGUUGAAUCCAAGUUCUGGACACCUGGAGCUCAGAGAGGAGUCCUCGAGUAGAAACAGAGGUCGCGGAACAGCAGUCGCUGGGCUGACCGAGAUUGUAGCCAACUCGACGCAGGAGGUGAUGGAGCUUCUACAGAAGGGCAACAAGGAGAGGACAGUAGAACCCACGGCGGCCAACAAGACCUCAUCCAGGAGCCACGCGCUUCUGUCAGUGAUAGUGAGGAAAUCUACUCCACCUCAGCAGACCCAGUAUCGGACAAGACUUAGACAAGGAAGGCUCUACAUGUUGGACCUGGCGGGCUCAGAGAGAGCCUCACAGACUAAGAACCGAGGCAAACGUCUUGUAGAAGGCGCUCACAUCAACCGAUCCCUCCUGGCGCUGGGCAACGUCAUAAACUCAUUGAGUGGAGGCCGAGGAUACGUGAACUACAGAGACAGCAAACUGACGAGACUAUUGCGGGAAGCUUUGAGCGGGAACUGUCGAACUGUUAUGGUCGCCCACGUGAGUCCUGCGGGACUGAAUAGGGAGGAGAGCAGGAACACCCUGACAUACGCCUCCAGGGCGAGUGGGAUAAGCCACAACAAGGUGGAGCGGAACGUCUUGGACGUGUCAUUCCAUGUGUCCCAGUACCGCAACAUCAUCCAGGACCUUCGCUCAGAGAUCACCAGACUGAGAGAAAAGAUGUCAGAGGAUCGACCACCGUCGGUGACGCGACCUCCGUCUGGUGGAAAGCAAGCUAAACACCUCAGAGAACAGAUCGUGUCUACCUUCAGGGACCAGAUGAAACUCAGACGCCGCCUCAUGGACAUUGACGGCCAUCUUCUCUCGCUUGGAGUAGAGGCUGAACGCCAACAUCAGAUCAUCAGCCAGUGGGAGUCAAGAAGCAACAAGCUGUACACAAGGAAGAGCAGACCAACGACUAACCAGUCAGAACAAACUAACAACAGCAACAACUCUGGUACGGCCAGCAUGCAUCAGGCUUGGUCUGACCUCAGCUUCAUAGAGAGGGAACAAGAGAGAUACAUGAACCUCAGGUCUGCCACACUCAGAGAGCUGGAUCAGUGUCGCCAACGUGCUGUCGCGUUGGAAAACGAGCUACCUUCUCGUCUCGACUCAGAGACAGAACAAGAGUUGCUCUCUCUUUUGUGUAGAGUUCAUGAGUUAGAGGCUGACAAAAUGGCUCUGCAAGGGGAACGGCUCGUGGAAACCCAUGAGCUGCGCAGGCGCGGUGAGUUGAUACAGCGAUUCAGCCGACAGCAGAGAAUAACUGACGACAUUAUCACCAGACAGCGCCAGAUAAUGGAAGAGGGUAAGCUGGUUCUUCCCUCGGAUCUUCAAGAGCUUUACAAUGUCUACCAACAAGAGAUUCAUUCAAUGACCUACAACCCAGAGAGUCUUCCACCGAUACAUCGAGAAAGUUUGUACGAAAGGUCAUCUAGAGUUGGCACGGCUGUUGAGAACGAUUAUGAUCUGCAAACUCCCACAAGCAAUUCUACAUCAGGAGGGGAUUGGGACACUCUGCCCCCCCUUCGUCCCAAAGAGCCCCCCGUGCCCCCCAAGGCCCCUGAGUUGACAUCAUUGCCCCCCUUGCACCCCUGACAGAGAAGCAGACAAGUUGUAGGGGUCACCUAGCAUAAACCUCAAAAAUCAAAAGGGGAGCGGAAAUCACUAAGAAAAUCUCAAUUAAAUAUACCCCUCUAAUAUAAAUGUAAAGAAAAUUACACGCUCCUUGUAAAUUACUGUAC